AAUGGAACGUGACGUGAACUCAGCGCGACACCGCGCGUUGUGUGAUUGUGCUGAAGGGCAGAGUGGAUUUAUAUAAAUGUGUGUGUUGAGAGAAUGAAUGUAAAGUUCGCAUGUGCUUCUGUCUGGUAGAGAGAUCUCAGCAGCGUGUUUUUAUAUCUGCGCUAAACUAGUGAUCAGUGAUGUUCUUGAAGCAUGUUUGAUACGUUUAAUCUGCUGCAGUGACAGUUAUUCUUGCAUUGUGAGUUUGUUUAGGUUGAGGAUGAGCGUCAGUCUGCUGUCACGCGCACUGCGUUCUCUGUCUCUGUCGGGCGCGCGGACUGUCUCAUCUCAGAUCGCGAGUCUCUCCGGUGUUUCCGUGGAUCUGACGGGAUGUCGCGGCUUCAUGACGAGCGCGUGUCAGCGGCAGAACCGGAGCCUGUGGAAACAGAGGGAGAAAUACACCGUGCGACCGAUCGGCAUGAAGAAGACCGGAGGACGAGAUUACACAGGUAGGAUUGUCACACACGGCAUCGGCGGAGGCCACAAGCAACGAUACCGGAUGAUUGACUUCCAGCGACUGCGUUACGAACCCGGCCGAGAGGGCCAGCCCAUCGUGGAGAAGGUGGUGGAAGUGAGAUACGACCCCUGCAGAUCGGCCGACAUCGCUCUGGUCGCCGGCGGAAGCCGCAAGCGCUGGAUCAUCGCCACCGAGAACAUGGAGGCCGGAGAUCUGAUCAAGACGUCCAGUGCCAUCGGACGCAUGGCCGUUCUGGCCAAAGAGGGAGACUCUCAUCCUCUCGGGGCUCUUCCCGUCGGCACGCUCAUAAAUAAUCUGGAGCUGUACCCUGGGAAGGGAGCUCAGUACAUCCGCGCCGCAGGCACAUGUGGAGUGUUGCUGCGGAAAGUCAACGGCACAGCCAUCGUUCAGCUGCCGUCCAAACAUCAGAUUCAGGUGUUGGAGACGUGUGUGGCUACGGUUGGCCGAGUAUCGAACGUCGACCACAACAAGCGCAUCAUCGGGAAGGCGGGCCGUAACCGCUGGCUCGGCAUCCGACCCUCGAGCGGCCUCUGGCAGAGAAAGGGUGGCUGGGCGGGUCGCAAGAUCAGACCGCUGCCGCCCAUGAAGAGCUUCGUCAAUCCUCCCUCUGCGGCCGCCAAAACAUGACGAGUCUGGACUCUAAUAUAGUGACCAGAGACGGCAACACAAUAAAACUAACCAUCCGCACAACA